CUUGUCUUGGGGACGAGUUGUCCUGAUUCCUUCUUGAUUAAUCUGAGUUGCCGAGGGUGUCAUCCACCCAAUAUAAUUUCAGUGACAUUGAUACAGUCACACGAUGGCAUUAUAUGAAUCCCAAAUACCACCUGAUGCCCAGCACUAUUUGGUGUGUGGCACUGAAGACUGUGAGAAAUCUUGCCAGUUUUACUGCAAUGAUUGUCACCAACAAAUGUGUGAACAAUGCAGAAAUGAACAUCAGAAGAAUAAAAAAACUGAGAACCACGAAGUGGUCCAUUAUAAACAACGAAAACGGCAACUUCCUGUGGAGAAAUGCAAGAUUCAUUCCACAAAAGACAUUGAUCUUCUCUGUGAGGAAUGCCAAAUUCCCCUUUGUUACAAAUGCGCAACUACAAAAGAACAUCGCGGUCACGUGUUUACUGAUCUAGAAAUGGUCUUUGCUGAAAAGGUUACACUAUGUCACGAAGAAAUUGCAAAAAUUCGAAAUCAUUUGGAGCCUACUUCUCAAAAUUUGAAAAAGGAAAUUGCUGCAGAUGUCAAAGAAAUAAAGAAGAUUAUGGAGGAUUUAAGAAAAGCCAUGAAAGCUGAAGCUGAGUCUUUGAAAAAUUUGGUUGACACAGUCACAUCAGAUAACAUAAAACAAACCAACAAAAUAGAACAGUCAAUAUUAAAAACAUUAAAUGGACAAAACCAAGAAAUUGAUGCCUAUAUGAAUUAUCUCAAUGAUUUAGUCAAAACAUUUUAUGGCUACCUAUCUCCUUCAAACAUAGAACAAUUAACAUUUGCUCUCAAGUCAGAAGACCUGAUCAUACGACCCAUACCAAAAACAUCCAAACCGGUCCCACCCGUAUUUACUGCUGGUCAAUACAGCAAGGAAGAUGUCGCCAAACUACUGGGUAAAAUCACUGUUCCCAAUACUGAACCAGAGAACAGGAAGAUAAAAACCAUUGAGACUGCCUCUAUACAAUUGAAACAUGCAGUUAAACAGAGGAAAUAUGGCGUUAAACAAACACUGUCUCUGUCUUCCUCUGUCACCAAGGUCAGGGAGUACAAAGUACCAGGUGUUGAUCGGGUAUAUCAUAUAUCACUGGGUAAAUCAGACAGACUCUGGGUCAGUGAUGAUAGUGGUAACCUUAUCCAAACAGAUGUACAGGGUAAUCAGCUACAGAAGAUACAAACCAAUGGUUUAUUUGAAGGCUACCACACAGUCACACAGGAGGGAGAUCUAAUCUAUACAGACAGGGACAACAGAUUCAUCAUCAAGAUAACACCAGAUAAUACAAUCACCAAAUUCAUUAACACAAACAACAAGAUACCACUCAGCAUACACUCCUCCCACAUCAACGGGGACAUACUGGUGGGGAUGAUGAAUAAUGGAGAGGGUAACGUCACCAGGUACAACAAGACAGGGACAGAACUACAGGACAUACAGAGGGACAACAAAGAAGAGGUGCUGUAUAUCUUUCCACUUUACAUCACAGAAAACAUCAAUGGUGAUAUCUUGGUAUCAGAUUUUCGCAAAAAUGCUGUAGUUGUGGUGAAUAAAUUGGGACAACACAGGUUCUCCUACACAGGUCAAGUGCCGGUGUUUAAUCCCUAUGGAAUAUGUUCUGAUGUUCUUGGUCACAUCUUGGUGUGUGGUUUUUACAGUGACACGGUUGAUCUUCUGGAUCAGGACGGUCAGUUCUUGUCUCUACUACUCACAAAACAACAAGGGUUACAGUAUCCCAGUAGUCUGUGCGUGGAUGAUGAGAACAAUCUCAUUUUGGGACAAAGAAACACCAACACAGUGACAGUGUACAAGUAUCUACAGUGAACAUUACAUAUUCAAUAACAACAACUUUGUGAUAGUGUUCAACUAUUAUAAUAGGUAUCUACAGUGUUUAUUGAAAUGCACAUAUACAGAAUUCACUAAACAUGUGAAUGGAGGGUCUUUUAAAUAAUUUUAAUAAUAUACAUGUAUUAACACUAUUUGUUUCUAGUAUAUACACACCCCAUGAAAUUAA